AUGUACUUCUUUCUUGGAUUCUUAUCAUUUAUGGAUGCUGUUUAUUCUACUACCUUCAUUCCAAAUAUGAUUAAAAACUUCCUUUGUGAGAAGAAAGCCAUUUCAUGCCAAACAUGCAUGACUCAGCUAUUUAUGGAGCACUUAUUUGGUGGUGCUGAGAUUUUACUCCUGGUGGUCAUGGGCUAUGACUGCUACGUGGCCAUCUGCAAACCCUUUCAUUAUUUGACAAUCAUGAAUCAGCGAAUGUGUGUUCUGCUGCUGCUGUUGGCCUGGAGUGGUGGGUUUUUGCAUGCUGUCCUUCAUUCUAUCUUUGUUUACAACCUUCCCUUCUGUGGCCUCAAUGUCAUUGACCACUUCAUCUGUGAUAUGUACCCCUUGUUAAAACUUGCCUGCACUGACACCUACAUUAUUGCUGUCACAGUGGUUGCCAAUGAUGGGACAAUCUGUGUGGUCCUCUUUACACUCUUAUUCAUCUCCUAUGGGGUGAUUCUGCAUGCCCUGAAGAAUCUUAGUCAGGGAGGGAGUUCCAAAGCCUUAUCCACCUGUGGAUCACACAUUACUGUGGUGGUCCCCUUCUUCAUGCCCUGUAUUUUCUGUAUGUGA